AUGGCCUGGACUUCCUGGGGCUGCUGCCCCUGGCUUGUCCUCCUCUCUGUUUGUGCCAGGGGCCAUGCAAAACCAGUGGACCUGAGAAGAGAGAACGUGAGAAACUGUUCAACGAGCCCUCAUUACCUUCCAGUUACUGUGGUCAAUACCACAGUGCAGCUCACAGCCCUUCGCCAGCAGAUGCAAAACCAGAACCUCUCUGCGUACAUCAUCCCAAACACGGAUGCCCACAUGAGUGAGUACAUUGGCGAACAUGACAAGAGGCUUACAUGGAUGACAGGCUUUACAGGGUCUUCAGGAACUGCAGUGGUAACCAUGGGGAAAGCAGGUCUCUGGACUGACAGUCGCUACUGGACCCAAGCUGAGCAAGAGAUGGACUGCAAUUGGGAGCUCCAUAAGGAAGUUGGCAGUAUUCCCAUUGUCAACUGGCUCCUCACUGAGAUUCCUGCUGGAGGGCAUGUGGGCUUUGACCCCCUCCUCUUCUCCAUUGGCACCUGGAAGAGUUAUGACACAGCCCUCCAAGGCUCUGACAGAGAGCUGGUGCCAAUCACAACCAACCUUGUGGACCUGGUAUGGGGUUCAAAGAGGCCUCCAGUUCCAAGCCAGCCCAUUUAUGUCCUGCAGGAGGCGUUCACAGGGAGCACCUGGCAGGAGAAAGUAUCUAACAUCCGCAGCCAGAUGCAGAAGCAUCGCAAGGCCCCAACUGCUGUGCUUCUGUCAAUGCUUGAUGAGACAGCCUGGCUCUUCAAUCUGCGCAGUAGUGACAUCCCUUAUAACCCCGUCUUCUAUUCCUACACGCUGCUCACGGACUCGUCCAUCAGAUUAUUUGUAAACAAGAGUCGCUUUAACUCCGAGACCCUGCAGUAUCUGAACUCCAGCUGCACAGGACCCAUGUGUGUGCAACUCGAAGAUUAUAGCCAAGUCUAUGACAGCGUCCAAGCCUACGCCUCAGGAGCUGUGAGGAUCUGGAUUGGGACCAGCAAUACUAUGUAUGCAUUUUACAACGUGAUACCCCAGGGUAAAGUCAUAGCAGAAACCUACUCUCCAGUGAUGGUAACCAAGGCGGUGAAAAACAGCAAGGAGCAGACCCUCCUCAGGGCCAGCCACGUGCAGGAUGCCGUGUCGUUGAUCCGCUAUUUGGUCUGGCUGGAGAAGAACGUGCCCAAAGGCACAGUGGAUGAGUUCUCAGGGGCAGAGCUGCUGGACAAACUCCGAAGAGAAGAAGAGUUUUCCUCUGGACCCAGUUUCCAAACCAUCUCUGCUAGUGGUCUGAAUGCUGCCCUGGCCCACUACAGCCCAUCAAAGGAGGUACACCGCAAGCUGACUUCAGAUGAGAUGUACCUGGUGGAUUCUGGGGGACAAUACUGGGGCGGAACCACAGACAUCACCAGAACAGUCCACUGGGGCACCCCGUCUGCUUUCCAAAAGGAGGCAUAUACCCGCGUGUUGAUAGGAAAUAUCGAUCUGUCCAGACUCAUCUUUCCUGCUGGUACAUCAGGACCAAUGUUGGAAGCCUUUGCCCGCAAAGCCUUGUGGGAGGUUGGACUCAAUUAUGGUCACGGGACAGGCCAUGGCAUUGGCAACUUCCUGUGUGUGCACGAGUGGCCAGUGGGAUUCCAUUCCAGCGGUCUUACUAUGGGCAAGGGCAUGUUCACUUCCAUUGAACCUGGUUACUAUCAGGAUGGUGAAUUUGGGAUCCGUCUUGAAGAUGUGGCCCUCGUGGUAGAAGCAACGACCAAGUAUCCAGGGACCUACCUGACCUUUGAAGUGGUGUCAUUGGUACCCUAUGACCGGAAUCUCAUUGAUGUCAGACUGCUGUCCCCAGAGCAGCUCCAAUACUUGAAUCGCUACUACCAGACCAUCAGAGAGAAGGUGGGCCCAGAGCUGCAGCAGCGCCAACUAUUGGAGGAAUUCGAGUGGUUGCAGCAGCACACGGAACCCUUGUCUGCGAGGGCUCCACACACCACCUUCUUGGCCUCUCUGUUGGCAGCCUCCACUCUUGCCAUCCUCGGCUGGAGUGUCUAG